AUGAAUAUCGAUGAACUUCAAACAUUUCCUCUAUCGAAACUGCAAGAACUCGCAAGGCAACACCACAUAAGACCCAACCUCGGAAGGAAAAAUCUCGUUACACAACUCGAAAAAGUCUUGGUGCGCUCAGCUGGCGGAAACUCUAACCGAUCGACGCCCACCGGCUCUCCAGCUCCAACCGAGUUAGCAGCAACGGAAACAUCGGGCGAAGACAUCGUGGAUCCCAAUGUGUCCAACGACGCGCCAAGGAAGGAUUAUAUCCGCCCAUACCAUUUUCAUUGUGGCGACGGUCAUCCCGUCUACCCUUUCGAAGACCGCCCCAGUUCCCCCGAGGGUACGCCAGAGCCAGAGACCUCGCCAGGGCUCCUUGAAAAUACAGUGGCCAUUAUGGCACGGAUUGACCGCGAUGAUCAAGCCAUCCUUGCAGAGAUUCAGGAAUUGAUGAGCCUGGCUACAGAGAUUCGACAGUCAACCCUUACCCUUUCCCAAGCUCUACGAGCGGAGAUGGGGAAGAGCCAACGGAUCGAGGGUUAUCUUGCUUAUUGGCAGAACAUCCAGCCAUGCACCUCUUUCGGUGAGAUGUGGUCCGGAACGAUGAGGAGAGGGCCAGCCAACAUAGAAAUAACGACGACAGACGACGAGGAGCAAAUGGCUUUGGAUGAAGAGCAAGCGGCAGUUCCUCGGGAAGAGGAUGGGUUGCCAGGAUCUGCGCCUAUUGUGGGGAAUAUGUUGGCUACCCAAAGAGAGAUGCCUGAGCAAGAGGAGGUACCCGCGCAAGAAGAAGCGGGCAAGUCACGGUCUGGCCCUUCAAAAGGCAGGCGUCGCAGCAGUGGGUACAAAAUAGUCGCCGAUGACAAAGAUAGGACGCGGUUCCGGUUUGUUGAGGUAUCUGAGUCUGAUGAGGAGGAGUCUGAACAGUCCGAGUCGUGA